AUGGAAGGCGCGACCCAGCUUGUGUCCAUCGUCGGGCAGCUGGUGGGUAAGGAGUACCGGCAGCUCCGCGGCGUGAGUGCCCAGGUGGCUGAGCUGAGCGACGAGCUGGAAACCAUGAAAGCCAUCCUCCGCAUGCUGUCCGAAGCAGAAGAGGACGCCGUGGACCACUUCAUCCGGGUGUGGAUGAAGCAGGUGCGCGAGCUCGCCUACGACGCCGAGGACUGCGUGCACCUCUACAUCUUCCGCAUCCGAUGCCGGUCCAGAGACCGCUUCCUCGUGUGGUCCAAACGCAUGCUGGGUACGCUUUCUUCUCGCCGCCAGCUUGCUCGAGAGAUCAAGGCACUCCGCGCCCGUGCUGUCGUGAUCAGCGAGCGCCAGGAACGCUACGGGCUCAGCCGUGAGGUGCUGAGGCGCUCUACUUCUCCUUCCGCUUCAGCGCCGCUGCUCGGCCAUGCGCUCAGGCCGGUACCAAACGACCCUGACCAUCUAGUCGGCAUCACGGAGCAGGCUACCAGACUGGCCGCCAUGGUGAAGGCGGUGAGUGACAAUGACAUGACGCUCAAGGUUUUUUCCGUCGUGGGAUUCGGGGGGCUCGGGAAGACUACGCUGGCGAUGGAGGUGUGCCGGCAGUUGGAGGCCGACUUCCAAGGCCAAGCUCAAGUGUCUGUGUCCCAGGCGUUCCGCGACACGAAAGAUUUGGAGGGAUUACUGAAGCGCAUACUUCUUCAAAUCGUCAAGCCACGAAAGAUAGGCAUCAACGACGACGAUGAACAAGAUCCACUGGAUGGCAUCGACAUCAUGCGUGUAGACAAGCUUACCGACAAGCUCGAGGAGGUUCUCGAGGACAUGAGGUACCUCAUUGUGGUCGAUGAUGUAUGGACAAUACCAACAUGGGAUGCAAUCAAAUCCAAGUUGCCAGAGAACAACAAGGGAAGCAGAAGCAUUGUGACCACUCGGUUAGAGACCGUGGUCACAUCAUGUAGUGAAGCUAGUAGUGUUGAUGAAGACUGCAUUUAUUUGAUGGAGCCCCUCAAUUUGGAGGACUCUAAGAAGUUGUUCCUCAGCAGAGUAUUUGGUCCCAAGGAUGCCUCUUGCCCCAAGGGCCUGGAAACUGAAAUGCACAAAAUUUUGAAAAAAUGCGGUGGGCUGCCAAUGGCCAUUAUUAGCAUUGCCGGCCUCUUGGCAAGCCAUAAACAGUCCGAGAGCAAAGAUAUGUGGGAAAGAAUUCGCAAAUCGAUUGGGUCUCACAUGGAAAGCCACCAUACCCUUGAAGGGAUGAGAGACAUAGUUACUCUCAGCUAUAACCACCUACAUCAUUACCUCAAGGUUUGCAUGAUGUACCUCAGUAUUUUCCCAGAGGAUUAUGCCAUUUCAAAGGAUCGUCUCCUAAAAAGAUGCGUCGCUGAAGGAUUGGUUGCUGAGGUCCGGGGUUUGACCUUGAUGGAGGUUGCAGAAGCUUACUACAAGGAGUUGGUGAGUAGAAGCAUGAUUGAUCGGUCCGGUGAAGUAGUUACCUUCUAUGAUGGGAGGGUGGAGAUGUGCCGGGUACACGACAUGAUGCUCGAGGUCUUGGUGUCCAAAUCCUUGGAGUGUAACUUUGUUAGCCUGGUAGGUGGUCUGCAGGAAGGGAUGCCGUAUGAUAGGAUUCGCCGCCUAUCCAUCCACGGCGGAGAAGAGGCCGAGGAUUCUGCAUGGAACACAACUGCAACAUGGGAUAGCCGGAUGAAUGGCGUCGAGGAGAUGAAGAUGGUGAAGGAAAUAUGA